CUUCUCUUCUUUCUCGCCUCACUCUAGUCCAGCUCCCACGUCGUUGUCUCUGUUAUUGUCUCUAACGCCCUACCUCUUCUCCUGCUCCUCUCUACCUCUUCUCCUGCCCCUCUCUACCUCUUCUCCUGCCCCUCUCUACCUCUUCUCUCAUCUGUCGUCUAUCAAUUCUCCCAAACGCAUGUCUUGACUCGUUGUCUCUGUCUCUUCUCCUGUCUCUUCACUAUCGAUCAACUUGCUAAUCGCAUCGCAUCGUAGCUAUCGACACCGCAUGCUCGUCGUCAGCCGUGGCUAUUCAUCAAGCAUGCAGAGCCAUUUUGACGGGCGAGUGCUCUGCGGCCCUGGCUGGCGGGGUCAACGUGAUGACAAGCCCGGAAUGGUUUCAGAACCUCGCGGGAGCCUCAUUUCUCAGCCCGACGGGCCAAUGCAAGCCGUUCGACGCCGAGGCUGAUGGGUAUUGCCGCGGUGAGGCUGUUGGUGCCGUCUUCUUGAAGAAAUUGUCAGAUGCUAUCGCGGACGGCAACCAGGUGCUGGGCGUCAUUGGCGCCACGGGCGUUUAUCAGAACCAAAACUGUACGGCCAUUACAGUACCCAACGCCAUCUCUCUCUCACAGCUGUUUCGCAAUGUGACGGGCCGGGCAGGGCUUCAGCCGCAGCAGAUCUCCCUUGUGGAAUGCCACGGCACCGGAACCCAAGUGGGAGACCCAGCCGAGUAUGACAGUGUUCGCCAGGUAUUUGGUGGUGCAGCUACAGGUCGCACCGACACCCUUUCACUGGGCUCAGUCAAGGGUCUUUUGGGCCACUCGGAGUCCGCCUCUGGAGUAGUGGCAUUGAUCAAGACGCUCUUGGUCAUCGCCAAAGGAGCCAUCCCACCGCAAGCCAGUUUCCACAACAUCAAUCCCGCAGUAAACCCGCUCCUAACAGACAAAAUUGACAUUGCAACAGAGCUGAAACCAUGGGAACCACCGUUUCGAGCAGCCCUAAUCAACAACUAUGGCGCAUCGGGUUCCAAUGCCUCACUGGUAGUAACUCAGGCGCCUUCCUCUAUGGAAUUCUCUAGGGUGGCUGUACAGUCCUCCGCUGCCGAAUAUCCAUUCUGGCUCUGCGGGUUCGAUGAUCAAAGCCUACGGCGAUAUGCUACGAGAUUUCUGGAGCUUCUCGAGUCAAAAACAAUAUGCGGCAAUGAACUCAGCCUUGCCAAUCUGUCUUUCCAGGUGUAUCGACAGUCCAAUCGAUCCCUUGGUCAAGCCUUGCUGUUCAGCAGCCGCUCCAUACAGGACUUAAAGGACAAAUUGAGGGAGAUUGGGACAGGAGACAGAGGCGUAUCCACAAUGUCGCGCCCAUUAUCAACUAGUCCUGUCAUCCUUUGCUUUGGGGGCCAAAUAUCCAGAUCAGUUGGCCUCGACCAAGAGGUUUAUGGUCACGUUAAGAUCCUUCAAAAGCAUCUCGAUCACUGUAAUGAAAUCUGCAUCUCAUUAGGACAGGAAAGUAUCUAUCCAGAUAUUUUUCAGAAAGCUCCAAUCACGGACAUCGUCAAACUGCAAACCAUGCUAUUCGCUCUUCAGUAUUCUUGCGCAAAUGCUUGGAUCGACAGCGGAGUGCAGGUUGCAGCCGUCGUCGGACACAGCUUUGGCGAGCUUACUGCCAUGUGUGUUUCAGGUGUUUUGACCCUAAAAGACACGGUGAAGAUGAUUGCUGGUCGAGCACGCCUCAUCCAAGACCAAUGGGGCACUGAUAAAGGAGCAAUGAUGGCAGUCGAGGCCAAUCUUGAAGAAGUGGAAAAGCUUCUAUCUGAUACAAAAGAGGCAUACCCAGAAGAGUCUGUUGCAACCAUUGCAUGUUUCAACAGUCCUCGAAGCUUCACACUUGCAGGUUCAUCCAAGUCGAUUGGCAAUGUCCUAGACAUCGGGAAGGGGAAAAAAUUCUCGGUUAUUAAGAUGAAACGGCUCAAUGUCACUAACGCCUUCCAUUGUCGACUCGUCGAUCCUUUGCUAUCAGAUUUGCAGAAGUUAGCGGAGCAUAUCGUUUUUCAUGAACCCAAGAUUCCACUUGAGCGGGCGACGAAAGAUGAUGCACCUCCUAAUUUGAGCUCUACAUUCGUAGCAUCGCACCUGCGCGAUCCCGUCUACUUCAAUCAUGCCAUUCAAAGACUAUCGACUAAGUAUCCUUCAGCGAUUUUUCUUGAAGCUGGUUCCAACUCGACCAUCACGAAUAUGGCAAAUCGAGCUUUGUCAUCUUUGAAAGGAUUCCACUUUCAGCCCGUCAACAUCACCACCGACGGCGCGGUUCAGUUGCUAUCAGAUGCCACCCUGGCACUAUGGAAAGAAGGGCUGGAUAUAUCAUUCUGGGCACAUCACUCUAUCCAAAUGCCAGAUUACCCACCUAUUUUCCUUCCACCCUAUCAAUUUGAGAAGUCGAGGCACUGGAUGGAAUUGAAGAAACCAAGGAAAGUGAUGAGUGAAUUGCUGCCAGGACUUGCUGAAGCCAACAAAGCGCCACCUGCCCUCUGGACAUACAUGGGAUAUCAGGGUUCAACGCAAAAUAGGGUCCGGUUUCGAAUAAACACGACCAACGACAAAUAUCAGCGCUACGUCUCCGCCCAUGUGAUUGCACAGACUGCCCCGAUAUGCCCCAGCACAUUUCAGCUUGUCAUUGCCAUAGAUGCACUGAUGAGCUUGGUGGUAGACGAUGCGAAGACUUCCAAAUUGUCGCCAGAACUCCACGGAAUGGAUAGCCAUACGCCUAUGGUCAUAAACGACAGCAAAUUCGUCUGGCUUGAUGCAGAAAGGCAUCAUAGUGAUCCUCUCAUCUGGGACUGGAAAAUUGCCACUUCCGACUCAGCUGUGGGCUCAUCAGAUGAAACUCUUCACGUCUCUGGAAGAAUCGCCUUCCGGAAUGUGGCCGAUGCUGAUUUUAAGGCCGAUUUUGCCCGGUAUGAACGCCUCAUUGGCAGAAGGCGGUGUCUCGACCUCUUGGACGGCCAUCAAGCAAAUGGGGUGAUUCAAGGGCCCCGAAACAUCUACAAGGCAUUUUCAGACAUUGUGCAAUACAAUCAUGAAGUUUACAAAGGGCUUGAGAAGAUUUCUGGGACAGAGUCAGAGUCGGCGGGCCGUAUUAGGAAGCAACACCUAGGAGAAACAUGGCUGGACUUAGGCCUAGCCGACUCGUUUUGUCAAGUUGCUGGCAUAUUCUUGAACAGCAUGACUGAUCAUUCAGACAACGAAAUGUACAUCUCGGACAGGAUCGAUCACUGGACGCGAUCUCCACUAGUGACCACUCUUUCACAGCCAAAAAUGUGGGAAGUUUUUGCCUGUCAUCAACGCCCCUCGGAGAAAGAGUACAUCAGUGAUGUUUUUGCCUUCGAUCCAAGCAAUGGUCAAUUGGUAGAAGUGAUUCUUGGAAUUCACUAUGUGCGUGUCUCCAAGGCCGGAAUGGGAAAGCUCUUGUCAAGAUUAUCUCUUGAAUCGAAAGAUAACCAUACACCAUAUUUACCGGCGCAGGUAGAGAUUCCAAAAGUAAACGGCAUAGUAAAUGGAUUUCAUCAGAAACAGCCAGAUCUUGCCUUUCAGCCCGCCCCAACGGAGUACAAGUUAUCCCAAACAACCCCGCCAGUCCAGGAUAUAGAGGGUCCUACACGAAACAUGCUAUGCAAUCUUUCAGGCCUUGAGCCAGAGGCAGUCAAGAUCGACUCAGACCUCGUGGACCUUGGAAUUGAUUCUCUGAUGGGCAUGGAACUGGCUCGAGAAGUCGAGGGCAUGUUUAAAAUCACUUUGGAAAUAUCCGAUCUCCUGGACCUAACCGACUUUCAAAGUCUGAUUGACUGCAUCAAAUCCACCCUUGGCAUGCCAGUCGGCGGGGUGUCAGAUAAUUGUGAGGAAAUACUGAUGGCCGAGACAAAAUCCGAAGCCACUUUAGUAACACCAAAAGUCAACGGUGCGAAAAUGGGGCCAGCAGCUAAUGGGGCUCAUUCCUACACAAACGGGGACACGCCUUCUUCGGAAUCACGAAUUCCUGCAACAGUGGUCCUGGACAUAUUCUCAGAAACGAAACAAGCGACGGACGAUUUCAUUGAAGAAAAUGGAUUUUCUAGCUAUGUACAUCACGUACUGCCCAAGUCGACUGAAAUGUGCGUUGUUUACAUUCUAGAUGCCUUCGAAAUAUUAGGGUGCUCUCUGCGUACUGCCCAGCCAGGCCAGAUCGUUGACCGGAUUCAGCAUCUCCCGUUUCAUGAGCAAUGCGUCGAUACGUUCUACGAUAUUUUGGAAACCGCACGACUCGUUGACUUGGAUGGCCCCAACAUAGUCCGAACAGCUAUUGCAACCCCAAAGAAAUCCGCACAAACAUUGUUGGAAGAGCUUCUCCGCGACUCACCCAUUCACGGUUAUGACCACAAGCUCACCGCUAUAGCUGGCAGAAAGCUUGCAGAAACCUUGACCGGGAAAGUCGAUGGGGUGCAGCUCAUUUUCGGUGAUCCAGACACAAAAGAGGUGGUCUCCGGAAUGUAUGGCAAAUCUCCUAUCAACGUGACAUGGAUCAAACUAAUGGAAGAUUUCCUAACUCGAUUCCUGCUCCGUGUUCCGAAGCAAGAAGGCCCGAUCAAGAUAUUAGAGAUGGGGGCAGGCACUGGAGGCACCACGGCAAGACUCGUUCCACUCCUUGCCAGUUUAGGCGUGCCCUUCGAGUAUACAAUAACCGACUUAUCUGCAUCUCUUGUUGCUGCUGCUCGAAAGCGCUUUAAGCAAUACCCAUUCGUGAAAUUCAAGGUACUCGACAUUGAGCAGCAACCAACGGGAGACUUUGUACACAGUCAGCAUCUUGUGAUUGCUACAAACUGUGUUCACGCCACGCAUAGCUUAGCGACAUCUACAAAGAACAUCCAUACUCUUUUGCGUCCGGAUGGUCUACUCAUGAUGCUUGAGAUGACCAAGACGCUGCCAUGGAUUGACUUGGUGUUUGGCUUGCUCGAGGGAUGGUGGCUAUUUGAUGAUGGCCGUAAGCAUGCUCUUGCGCCUCCAGAGAUCUGGGAAGAGACUUUGCAAUCGGUUGGGUAUGGUUAUGUCGAUUGGACUGAUGGGCAUCUCCCUGAGACCGCAAUUCAGCGUAUCAUCAUUGCCCUUGCGUCUGGGCCAAGAUAUGAACGGUUGUAGUCGAUUCAUUCGUCGAGAAGUAUAGCCAAGAGUUCAUCUCGCAAGGCGCUUUGAAUACAAUCGAGGGCAGGAACGACAGGGUUGAUACAUGUGUACUUGUUACUGGAGCGACAGGAAGUUUGGGUUCCCACCUUGUUGCAUAUUUUGCCAGCCAGCCCAAUAUCAAAACAGUAAUCUGUCUGAACCGGCCGAAGGGAAUUGGGCGUGUACCCCGGCAGCAGCUGGCUCUAGAGUCAAGAGGCCUCUUCCUCAACUCGAGUGAAUUAUUAAAGCUCAAAGUACUUGAAUGCGAUACAUCCAAAUCAAGACUGGGCCUUGCCAACGACGAAUACACGGACCUGGUGAACUCAGUGACGAAUAUUGUCCAUAAUGCAUGGCCGAUGAGUAUCACGCGCCCGGUCAAAGCAUUUGAAUCCCAGUUCAAAGCCAUGCGGAACCUACUCAAUCUUGCCCAAGAAUGCUCUGAUAAGCAUCUUCCUAAGGGACACAGGUUUGGGUUCCAGUUCAUCUCAUCGAUUGCGACAGUUGGUUGCCAUCCUUUCGUCAGCGGGGAGACACUCGUACCAGAGGAGAGAAUGACAGUGGAAUCAGCGAUGCCAACAGGAUAUGGGGACGCCAAACUGAUCUGUGAGAGGUUGCUGGAUGAAACUUUGCACAAAUGCCCUUCAAGAUUUCGGCCUAUGGUUGUACGAAUUGCGCAGAUUGCUGGAUCAAAGACAAGCGGCCACUGGAAUCCAGUAGAGCAUCUUGCUUUCGUCAUUAAAUCGUGUAAGACUCUAAAAGCUAUUCCUGACUUGAGUGGGGAUCUAUCAUGGUAUCCUGUGAACGACGUUGCAGCCACCUUAGGAGAACUUCUCCUCGGGGAUGUGACACCCUAUCCAAUCUACCACAUUGAGAAUCCAGAGCGCCAGUCGUGGAGUGAGAUGAUUGAGGUGCUAGUUGAACUUCUGAAUAUCCCACGCGCCAACAUUAUCACAUUCGAAGCAUGGCUCGACCGGGUUCGGCAAUUCCCUCCAAGCUCCGCAGAUACUGAAAAUCCAGCUGCCAGAUUGGUUGAGUUCCUCGAAGCACAUUUUGUGCGCAUGUCUUGUGGUCACUUGAUUCUUGAUACAGCUCAUAGCAGGCAGCAUUCGGAGACGCUUAGGAAUUCAGCGCUAGUAGGGAGAGAGCUAGUAGCAAAGUAUGUGCAGGCUUGGAAGGAGAUAGGGUUCUUGCAUGAUUGAAAUGGGAUAUCAGGUUUGAAUAGAAGAACGUCAUCUUACGGAAAGCCAAUUUCAAUUACAUGUGAAAUAACAUGACGCUUCUCAAUCUGAUAGAAUAUCAAGAAGCCCCUUUUCACCCUGAAGUUGAGCCGCCUGUGCGGGUGUCAGCUACCCUCUAUCUUACUAGGCCCUUAUAAAAUUUCUAUAAUCUAAGCCUAUAAUAGGAAUAGAGGUUAAUAUAAAG